CUUUAUAAUUUCACCAUCUUUCUUCCCCAACAAAAUCGCCCAUUUUCUCUCUCCUCUCUUCUUGCACUACAAGUAUACAUACAUAGAUACAUACCUCAUCAGUUCAGACAACAUUUCAGUGUCAUUUUUUAGGAGAGAGAAAGAGAAAAAACAAAAAACACGCCAUAGCUUAAUCUUCUCACUUUCUCUCUCUUCUUCUUCUUCAAAUUCAUUUUGAAUGUUUUCUCUUUGACUCAAAUCACAAGAAAUCAAAUUCAGAAAUUAUUGUGUUUUUACUCUGUUUGUAUAAUGGAAUUGAGGUUUCUAUCAAUAUCAUCAUCAUUAUCACCUUUUUCUUCAUCAUCUUCUUCUUACUCUUUGUUUGUUGUUGCUGAUUGUUUUCCUGAAUUUUCUCAUUCUUCUUCUUGUGACGAAAAUUGUAACAUUUUGUUUGAUUCUCUCUCUUCCUUCGGAUUUUUUUCCAGAAAGUUCGCCGAAAUCGCGUGAUUCUCGUUUUUUUUUUCAAUGAUUUGAUGACUGAAAAUUGACUCGAUUUUUACACUGAUUUUCGUUGUAAAUUUGGAGAAUCUUUUUUUGUGUUAGUUUCUAUAAUUUAUGAUGAUGUCUGCUUCGUUGCCGUUGUUUACUCUACCAAAAAUGAGCAGAAGAUGCUCAUCUACUGCUGCUUCUACUUCCAUGGCGGCGAUUUCUUCAAGGAAAUGUUCCGAUGAUUGGAAUUUUAGGUGCUCUGAUGAUAAGGCUGGCUACCUUUCAAAUGUAAUUGGGAUGAAGAUAUCAUUCUUGAAGUCACCGAUGGUGGCAACAAUCCGGCACCAAAGGAAGAGGAGGUUUAGCACCAAUUAUUCUACUUCCAUAGCAGCUGCUUCAGCUUCUCCACUUAUCAGUGGUCAAGUGACAAGAGACUCUUAUGGCCCUAACUUUUAUAAGGAUGUUCUCAUGGCUGCGAGGGAGAAGUUUACUGAGGAGAUCUCUUUUCAGUCAAAGGACAAAGACAUCUCCCCUGCAAAGGCUCUUCUAUAUGUUGCUGCUGAAGAUGAAGCUUUUAUGGCCUUUAACAGAGAGAUGGAUGCUCGUUCUAUUCUGAAUGAGAGGAAGGAUGUCCCAAUAGCAGCCAAUGUUCAUGAGGGGGAUUCUUUGGAGCUUAUACCUCUUGCUGGAAAGAGUUUAACAGAGUGGCUAAAUGAGUUGGAUGCUAUUACUAGAGAAGUGGAGGCCGAGUUAGUUACAAGAGACAUAGGCUGCCAUCUAGUUGAAGUUAUAGAGGCUGUAAAUGUUGUCCUGUUUGAAUCUAGAUGCUUCAAGAGGGUAUCAAUAGCUGUAGAGCCUAAGUGUUCUUACUUGCAUGAGGUUCUGAGUUCUGGACAUGGAAGUGCUGUAUUGCUGAGCAUUAUAUACAUAGAAGUUUGUCAGAGACUUGGUUUGACGAUGUUGGGUUCUCGGGUUGGAGAGGACUUUUUGAUAUGGCCCCAAACAGAAAAUCCGGAGGAGCUCUUCAAGGUAACUUCGGGGCAUAGUUUGUUUGCCAUAGUUAAUGGGAGGUGUGUGGAAGAUCCGAGAUCAAUGGCCUCGGACCUAAACAGCAACUCACUUUUAAGUCUCGAUGUUGUUACUAACCGUGAUAUUAUUGGGAUUGCUUUGGCGAAUUUGAUUAGGCUGCAUUGGAAACGUGCUUCAAGAUCAAGUCAUGGGUUAAUGUUGACUUCAGCAUUAAGGCUUGUUCAUGAUGCUGACAAGAAGUUUGAGAAAAUGGAUGGAUCGAAUCAUCCAUUGUUGCGUCCUCAAGAUUUAAGGUUGGCAAUUAUGGCAUCAGAAAGGCUAUUAAUUUUACAACCUCAUAAUUGGUCUCUAAGGAGAGACCAUGGAAUGAUGUUGUACUAUAAUAGGCAAUACGGAGAAGCGGUCCAAGAGCUGAGUAUUUGUAUGGCCUUUGCACCAGAGGAAGAGGCAGCUCUUUUGGAACCCUUCGUUGAGAAACUACACCUUAUGCGAUUAGAGUCAUCCUGGAAAUCUUUGGGCCAUGCAGGUCAAUUGACUGCCCUUUGAUUUGUGUACAUAUUUAGAACUGCUAGUCUCGUUCAACUCUUUACACUGCAGCCUGCAGGAGCAUAAAAAGAAAGUUAAGUAACUGUCAAGUCUGCUGUUUAAGUGUAUGAGUUCAUAAAUCAUGACCCAUUUAACCCAUAUGACCAUGUUACAUGUAUCAAAUAGAAUUGUGAUCCAAUGGAGAAGUGACUGAUAUGUUAA